AGCGCGUAUCUUGUGGAUCGCGAGCCGACAGCGCAGCCAAGUUGACGGCAUUGUUUUGGUAAAUAGAAGGUCCGAGCGACUGAAAACUGGAUAUUUUUGGAUUAUCUCCGGUUCGUUAAGCUUCUUAGUGCUGUCAGUUGAGUAAUAACAUACCGACUGUAAUUCCAGCUGGUUAUUUUCUCACUUAGCAAAGUCCCAGGCAGCGCUAACGUACAGCUCAAUGCUAAUUUAAGCUAACUGUAAGAGAGUGUUUCUGAAUGAUGCGUCGCAGCGACGGGAUUUCCCCGUUUGUUUUCAAGCAGCACUGUUUAUAAACAGCAGAAACAAGUAACAUUUUGGAUGGCGGUGGCACCUGCCUGGAUGGCGGAUAAGAUCAUAGUCUUGGAUGAUGACGAUGAUGAGGAAGAAGAGAGUCCUCAGCCUCCCCGCACUGGCUCCACCUCUCGAGCCAAACACGAAUCGUCGCUCAAAGCUCAGCAGCCGGCCCAGACCCACAUAACUCAGUCACCUUUCGCCACAGCAAAGAAGCAAACCCAUGUGCUACAGGCCGAGAAUGAGAAGUUGUUCUCAGAGUUUGUCGAACACUGCUCAACUGUCACCGUGGACUGUCCGGAGGUCUUGAACUUCCUCAAAGCCAAGUACACCAAGGCCUCCCCCGACUAUCUGUCAUCUGUGGAGUUCAGGAACACUUUGGGACGAUGUUUGACGCGCGCUCAGUCCAACCGCACUAAAUCGUUUGUCUUCAUCAAUGAACUGUGCACUCUGCUCAGGAAGCAUUCUGUGAAGAAGAGGCAGGUCCUCACCAGGGUUGAGCCUGGUUCUUCUACCUCAGCAUCAACCUCUCUCCAACCUACUUUUGAUAAUCUUAUAAGUAAAGACAAAACUAAAGGUAACAAGGACAAUGAGGUGGAAGUAGCAGGAGAACCAGCAGUGGAAGACGAGCAACCUUCCACCUCAGUGCUGCAGGAGAACAGGGAGAACAAGGAAGAGCAGCAAGAAGCAGAGAGAAAGGCAAAGAGAGCGUCUAGGAAACAGAUAGCGUACCUGGAGAACCUGCUGAAGGUGUACCACGAGGAGAUCUGCCGCCUGCAGCAGACUGAGCUGAGUUUGGACGAAAUGGAAGCCGAGGACUCGUUAUACAUCCAGGAGCACAAGCUGAAACGCAAGAUGAUGAAAAUCUAUGAAAAGCUGUGUGAACUGAAGGGUUGCAACACGCUAACGGGCCGAGUCAUCGAGCAGAAGAUUCCCUACACGAGCACUCGUUAUCCUGAGAUCAACAGAAGGAUCGAGCGUUUCAUCAAUAGUCCAGAGGCCCACAGGACCCCUCCGGAUUACCAGGACAUCCUCCAGCAGGUGCUGCGAGCCAACGAGCGCCACAACCUGCACCUCAGCAGAAAGCAGCUGAACCAGAUGGCACUGGACGCGUUCAGGGAGACCGGGAGUCGCAUGCAAGAGCGACGUCACCUGGACCUGGUGUACAACUUUGGCUCGCCUAUCACCGACUCCUACAAACCUUCCACGGACCCGGCUCUCAGGGACCCCACGCUGCAUCGAAAGCUGCGGUCGAACAGAGAGGUGGCGCUGUCCCGGCUGGAGGAGGUCAUCACCAAGUACGCCUUCAAACAAGAUGACGCGGAGGAGCAAGAGAGGGGCAAGCGGCAGGAGAAAGAGGGCAACACGUUAGAAAAGGCGGACGGAAGUAAAAAUGUAAAUGGAGUGGAAGAAGCGGAGGAGGAGGACGACGACGAAGAAGAUGAGUCCUCAGAUCCAGACAUAGAGGAGGAGAUCGAGGCCAGCACUCAGCAGGGUGGAGCUGACGAGGAUGAGAAUGAGGAGGAGAACAAUAACGAGGCCGAGCAAGCAGAGGACGACGCCAACAAGGACGAUCAGAUAGGCGACCUGUCGGUAAAUCCUAAUGAUGAGGAAGAAGAGGCGGGCGCAAGUGGAAUUAGUCCCCUGUCUCAUGACAGCAAGUCCCAAACCCCCCCGUACGACAUCCCCUCCCCUAGAGACACCCCGAGCCAAUCAGAGCCCAUGCAGACCGACGACCCGACACCGAUGACCAACGGUAAACUCGAAGAACCGGAGGAGCCCGUGGAUUCCUCCAGUCAAGUGCCAGCCGCCGUAGCAACCAACGGGACGCCAUUACCCCUGUCGUCAGCCGUGAUCUUAGAACAAGCCGUCAUCCACGUGUCCAAUGGCACGUCGCCGCCGCCCGGGCCCUGGCUGACGAGGAGUCGGAAGAGGAAAAGGGAAGACGGAUCGGAGAGUUUGUCAAAUUCGCUACCUGUCAUCAUCGACAGUGAGGUUGACGUCUCUCUGGAUAUGGGCGUCGUCUGCUGCACUUCUCCUCCACGCGUGAAAGUCAACAACAACCAGGACCAGGUCAGCAGCUCGCCCACAACGCCGCCUCCCAAGAAAAACAAGGUCAACGUAGCGACCCAGUGCGACCCAGACGAGAUCAUCGUCCUGUCAGACACGGAUUGACCUUAAAAAUGACCCUGGGACACCUAAACCACGUACGUCAAGCUCUUGGUCCCCCCCCCGGGAACCUUACUGUCCUCGCUGUGGAAUAAACUCCUGCAGCCAGCUGUGGAAAAGACUCUUUUUAUCUUCCGGUGUCACAACAAAAAAUGGCACCUUUUGUUUGUGUGAACAUAUCAAAUAAAAUAAUUAUAAACCAACAUUUGUACAAAAGAGCAUCAACAGGAUGUUUUGUUUUCCUUUGGGAAAGAGGCAGAGAAAGGUCACGGACACUGACGCUGCUUUUCUACUGGCUUGUGCUGGCGAUGGAGACUUUUUUUUUUCUUUUUCUUUUUAAUCGAGCACAAAACUAAAACUUUCUUGGGGACGAACAUCUUGAACUUCACUUGUCCACACUUUAGUGUUAGGGAAGAAUCCAGUGCCUGAAAACUCUCUGCUCUUCUUCGGGUGACGGAAGUGUUUUCCGUUUCUCACAAAAACACUUGAGCGCCGAGGACAUUUGUCGCCCCCGCCGUCAGUCUGUUUACAUUUUUUUAAAAACUUCAUAAAGUUUAGUGGGAGGUGUGGAUCUGUAUAAGAGCAAAUGUUGAUAUGAGUUUGUUGUUUUACCUACCGUCGAUCAUUAUUUCCCGUGUGUUGUUGGUGUGGAUCUGUAGUCGUGGGUUGCAGCGAACCAUUAUUUUCACAAUCAAUUCAUCAUCAUGUUCUUAUUUUGUUUUUAUUAUUUAAAACACUCAAACCAAAUAAUGGAUGAGUCAUUUGCCCAUUAGUUUAGUUAUUGAUUAAUUGUUGCAGCCCCAGUCUGUUGUAGAGCAAAUUUUGGAUGACAUUGUUUUACUUAGGAUGUGUUUUGAGCGAAUGUGUGUGAGAUGUUUUAAACUUAGGAGCUUUAACAUUUAUUUUUCCCCUAAAAAACGUGUUUUUCUUUUGAAAUUAAAUGUUUUUCUCAUGCAGGCACUGGUUUAUAUUUUCUAUUUCUUGUCUUAAUUUUUUUUUUUUUUUACCAUGAAAGACACAUUUCUUGAUGGAUCAUGAUUGUAUUUCCUGACUUAAAUCUUAACAUCUGAGAAAAUAGAUCAAAUUACUUAUUUUUCUUAAGUUUUUUUUUCUGAAGAAUUAAGUUAAGUCUUUAUUUUCUAUCUUUUUUUUUGAUUUGUCAAACCAUUUCUGUCAGAUUCAGAUUCAGUCUUCACUGAACACAGAAUAAAAACACUCAAUAAAUCAACUUAAUAAGAACUUUUCACUGACGGUGAAACAGGAACUCACUGUGAUUCACUUUCAUACAAAUGUGCAGGGUUUUUUUUGCUCUCUCACUUACAGGUUGUUUUGCCAUUUGAGAUCAAAAAUGUAAAAAUAAAGUUUAUUUUUCUGGUU